AUGCCCCUUCGGAUGAAUCUAAAUGUCAAUCAAACUCCGAGAACCUUAGGUCUUGAUCCUACAAAGAAAAACUGCUACAAACCCGCCAUCGUUUCAAGAUCAGGCAUUAAACACGUGGAAAAAAAGGAUGCAGCCAAUGUUAUUAGUAACACGCGCAACAGCAGCUCGUCUGAUACAGUCUCUGAAAAACAUAAUUUAACAUCGGGCCACAUUAAACGAAACUUGAACUCUGAUAAAUUUAAUUGUAUACCUCAGAACUCACGUAAAAUCUUAGCUCCAUCAGUCGUGAAGACACGACGCAGCCAACCCCCUGAUUUCAUGAAGAAAUCAAAAGUUGUCCAUCCAUCAAAAAAGGACCAAAAUAAGGCAUUAGAGAUUGCCGAACCUAUUUCUGUUCAUUUCUCAUCAAAAGAAAAUACGAUGUCUGCUUCCGUUGAGUUUACGAACAGUGUUAAAGAGCAAAAGUCCUCCAGUCAGGCAGUUCCUCCGUCUGCGCCUGGACACUCAAAGGACUUGAGUGAAAUAAGCUCAGACAAUAGCAAGAUACGUAAUUCUAAAGACACACUAGCAAAAGUUUCCAAAAAGCAGCCCAUGGCACUGGUACGUUCAUUUUCUGCAAACCCGAAUUUGAAGAAGAUCGGUAAAGGUGUGGACCCAACAGAGGCUGGGAGGUGUAUGGGCGAUACGAUUUUCCAUGACACGCCUUCUAUCAUCCCUGACUAUACAGCAACCAACAUGGAGCAGAUCGAGGAAAUGGAGGCGGUUAUAGAUUACAUUGAGCAUAUUUCCGAUGCGCUUGCGCAUCGCACGCGUGGUCUACCACCACCAGCACAUCUUGACACUUUUCGAGCCACCAUUGUACCCAAAUCAAGGUGCAAGCCCUUGAAUGUCGAAAAAAACCUUGGAAAUCAUACUAGCAACGUGCUCUCAAAUCUACAGGAAGCUGCUACGAUGUUUUUGUCGUGGUUCUCCAAAGUGGAGUACCUAAAUCUUUCUCAGAACGAGUCAUUGAGAAACUUGGAGCUUCAGACACUGAACUGUGGGGCAAGGGUGCUAGGACUGGUGGAGGCGGUCGAACGCAACUUCUUAACACACGAACUGAGCGUAGUGCGCGAGGCAUUCUUCUCCAACGGGGGCUACUUGGCCGUAACGGAGUGUCGUGAGCUGAUCGAUGCCAUGACCCAGACCACACAGCACAUUUUACUCCUCCGUCAACUUGUUCAUGAACGGGAUCUUUUCCGUGUUCUCGAUCUCUUCGAAGUACAUAAAGACAGUAUUAAAAAAAGGUUGGAAAACGCUUCGUCGAGGAGGUCUGUGCAGUUUCAGAAGGAAAUGAUCAAGGGACCAUUUUUUUCUUGGCUAGAACGGCGCUGGCUGCCAGCAAUGCGCUCCUGGAGGCGGAUUAUUUUAGAAGCCCGCCAGCUUUCCAUUAGUGGUAAUGUUCAGGCCGCCCUGGCACAUUCGCAGAAGGAGGCAUUUGGUGUCGAAGCCUUACAUGAUAUCCUGAGAUCUGGUGAGACUAUUCAAGACUUACACAAAACGCAGAUUGAGAUUCCCAUCGUGGAGCUUGCCGAGGUGCUCAAAAAAAAGGAAGAGGCCAUGAACUCUUUGCGGGCCGUGAUGCAGAGGAGCAAGAUGACUUCUAACACAGACGCAGCGGAUCCCAGGUCGUUUGAAUACAUAGCUGAGUUAGAAAAAGCCAUCAAAUCCUGUCGAGAUGUUCUAGACCUUGGCAAUUUUAGGGAAUCAGUAGACGAACAGAUAGGGCAGGUACUCUCUGAGGCCGAGCAGCUUUUAUUGGACAUGCAGGAAAUUGAGAAGACACGUCAAGCCCUGACCAUGGAGCUUACAACAAAGGGCUCUAGCGGUGGUGUGCAGCUGUUUCUGCAGAUUCACGAGGCAAAUGAACUCAUCCACAGACUUCAUCUACCCGAGAACGCGUCUAAUGCCCAGAAUGUCGUGAGCUCUUGCCGGGCGGCAGUCGCUAAGUUUGUAGAAGCCGACACAAGCAGCAACAAGGAUAAAUAUAGGAACCGACACAGCACACAGCACACAGGCCUGGUAGAGUUGCUUCCACCCAAUAUGACUAUCCAUGAGGUAGCUUUGCCACACAUGCCCUCACACCUGUGGUCUAAGUCGAUGGUAACAUUGUAUAAACAAGCCUGCUUGCGACUUAUAGAGCUGUUCACACACGAGUUGGUUUGUCGGGGACUCGAACGAACUUUAGGAGAUAUCAACACAACAUUUCUGUCCUCUAUGAGCGAGGACACGAAUGCGUCUAAUCCCACAGUUCUGCACAACGCCAAUGGUGAUGAUGCGGGAAGCGUUAUCACCGACUGCACAAUCCGAAAGUACGAAAACAGUCAUCAAAGUGUGCCAUCAGAACAAAGUACUUUUGGGUUUCCUGAGGCUCAGUUACGUCACUCUGAAAAAUCGAUUUUGUCAGGUCAGGUUCCUUCCGAGAUGCAGGCUUCUUUAGAGAGGCAGCUUACACUAAAGCUAAAAGUUCAUUUUGAAGCACAGAUGCGAAUUGUUCACGUCCAUAAGGCGGACACAACAUUUUUCGAUGACGUUUUUAGAAGGUUGUACAAACAGUGCUGUGAGCUGUUUACCAUCAUGCACCGAUCGCAAUCAUCCUCCCCACCGGAUCCGAAUAGGCUGCGUAUUCGCUAUCAAGAUACCGAUGGAGAUUUCAUUACAUUACUGAAUGACGAAGACUGGCACGUGAUGUUAGGCGAGUUGAACUUUGGUUUGAACCCGCGUAGAAGUAGUGAUGGUGACACAUCUUGCACUAUUCCCACAAAACUCGAUAUAUACUGCGACUUUAUUCUCCUUCCUGAAGAUAACACAACUGACUCCGUACAGGUUGGGGCAUCGUUGUUAGGAAAGGAAAAGGAAACAACCAUGGUGUGCGCCGGCACCGUUGAUAUGGGCGACGAAAUUACGGACACAAAUGACGGGAGUGUCACCUGCGCGCCAUCCAACCAUCUGAUAUUUUCCAAGAAACAAGCGAAAAUUCCCCACGAGAGUCCGGCGAUGAUGCGCCUGGAAGCACUGAAGCGCACACUUUUGUUAAAUUCCACAGAGAAAAACCCUCCACAAAAUCGCAAAGACAGGAAACUUUUCCGUCCUGGACGUUCCCAGAGUGCUCAACCAAAUUCGAAUAGAUCAAGGCAUCAUGAACAUUCAGGGCGGAAGGCCUCUAUGUUGCUUUCGUUAGAACCUGAGAACAAUGACUCGCCAAUUUCAUUCAACAAGGUAGCGAAGAAUACUCUUCAGAAUUUGACACCAACUCAAGGAUUUCCCCUCACCGUGGAGAAUCUUGCUCAACAUCAUGACGAGACAGCGAUCUUGAAGGAAAAGGUACUCUUUGACGACACGCCUAGCAAGGCUGAAGGUUCCGUAGAAAAAGACACCACGCCCUUGGUGCACCAUGAUCACAGCGAUUUUGAUAAGAUCUCACCACGGCAAAGUUCUAUAAAAUUAAACUUGCAUACCAACAAACGCUGGGAUCAGGAAGGGGAGGACGAGAUGGUUCUAGAGAUGGAAACUGCCGCAUCUAUGCUCACCUGUACGACGAACAGAUCCACCGUGGUUCUGAACCGUCUCGCGACCGAGGUGAUCACCCGCGGGGCGUGCCUGUUUAGGGACGUCGAGCCCCCUCGUUCACUGACGCCACUGCCCACUAAUGAGGCUCAUCUGGCGGUGGGAUCAAGCGGGGAGAAAGGGGAAAGGGAGGGGGAGAGCAAGAUGAUUAAUCCCCAGGGUGGGGUUGAAGGGCGCCGGGUGGCGCCCAGCACGCGGCCCCCACUGCCGAACCCCUGUCUUCGCCACGCGAGCCCUUUGAGCCGCUACGCCCAACACCGCCCCAACAGCAGUGACGAUGAGACCAGGGUGCACUCUCCGAAGACCCUCAUGGCACGACAUCGGGAUCCGGAUGAGGUGUUACAAGAGAUGAGUGCGAUGCGGGAGGAGAACCAACGUGCACUGUAUGGACGAAAACUUAUGUGGCAACAUGAGAGAAUGUGA